CGGCAUUGCCAUCUUCUGCAGCCGGCAGGGAGAGAGCAUCCGCCGAGUAGCCUGAGCAAUAGAGAAGAUCACGGAAUCAUCGUUAUAUCCCGACGCUGUGGUAGAUAACAUAGCCUCCCGUGGUAAUAAACGAACUUAGAUCAGAGGAGAAGCAAACUGUCCAAAGCCGAAGAACGUUCAGGCAACUAAUCGAUAUUCCAUACUACUAUCAAAUCCAAAGCUCCAAUGAGUGUACCUGCAGCAGCAGCACAGAAAGCAGACAGUAACAGUGAAAUGCAGUCGCCUGCAGUGUCCCCCUCCUUCCUCCCCAGCCAGCCGGGAAAGAUCCCUGGCAGGAAGAGGGGGAGACCCCCACUGCAUCGCAAGAUGGAUUUUACAACCCGCUACCCCGAGUCCCUCCCUCCCCUGAAAGUGCCCAAGAAGAGGGGGAGAAAGCCUGGCUUCAAGCUGAAGCCAAGGAUGGUGAUGACUCCCCUGGCCAUCUCUCCCCCCAGCAGCACCCCAGAACCAGAUAUGAGCUCCAUCCCCCAGGACGCUGCGACCAUCCCUCACUCUGCUACACCCCAGGUGCUCACAGUGUGUAUCUACAUCAACAAGCAGGCCAACAUGGGUCCCAACUUGGACAGGAAGAAGCUGCAGCAACUCCCGGAUCACUUUGGUCCCGACAGGCCUUCUGUGGUGCUGCAGCAGGCGGUCCAGGGCUGCAUCGACAGCGCCUUCCAGCAGAAAGCUGUGUUUACUCUACUCACGCAAGGCUAUGGAGGGGAGAAAAUAUCAGCCACCUUUGAUGGGAAGCAGCACCUUCUCAGUCUACCUGUGGUCAACAGCAUCGGAUACGUGUUGCGCUUCCUCAAGAAGCUCUGUCGCAGCUUACACUGUGAAAACCUCUUCAGCGACCAACCAAUUACCCAGCAUAAUAAUGGCUCCUACCAAUCAGAGGCUGAAACCUCAAUGCCAGAUGAGUACCUUCUGGACACAUCUGACAAACGCUACUCCAUGGACCCAGGUGAAUCUGCCUUCAGUGCCAUAAGCUCCUCCUACUCAUCCAAACCAUCCUAUGGAUUCCGCGCCUCACAGCAGUUCCCCAACGGCUCCUCCCCUUUGGGCAUGUGUAGACAGACGUCUAGUCCGAAUACCUUCCUGGAAGGGAACAGGAUAGCAUACAGCUCAUCUCAGGACUCGCAGGAGUCUAAGCCGCCCUCCAGUAAGGACCCUUCUACCUGGAGUGUUGAAGACGUGGUCUGGUUCAUCAGAGACGCUGACCCCCAGUCCCUGGGUCCUCAUGUGGACGUCUUCAGGAAGCAUGAGAUAGACGGCAACGCAUUGUUACUUCUAAAGAGUGACAUGAUCAUGAAGUACCUAGGACUGAAGCUGGGGCCUGCCUUAAAGCUCUGCUAUCACAUUGACAAACUAAAACAAAACAAGUUCUGAAUCGAAACACUUUUAAACUCUGUGAAUCUGUGGGACCCGACUUUGUGUAUCCGUUCCAAAUGGCACCCCUUUUCUGUAUAUAGUUCUGGACUUUAGACAUGAUGUCAAGAAGGUUAUCAAAAGUAGUACACUAUAUAGGAAAUAGGAUGCCAUUUGGGACGUUGUAUUUUACAGAUUAUUUUUCAUUUUCAGAUGUAGCUAUAGAGACAACGUGAUCAAGUAAUUGUGGUCGAACACAAUGUUUUUGGAUAUUCUUCUUGUUUUUCUGUUCAAACAAGGUUUUGGUUUAUAAAGAUUACAAAUUGUUGAAUGCAUAACUGAUAUACACUGGCAGACAAUACCUGGAAGAGGAUACAGUGUCCCCAUACAUGUGUUUAUGAAAGCACUUAUGCACACUGGUUAAACAUAGCAUAUACCAAGUCAAUUGUAUGAUCUGCUGAGAAGUGUGAAUUAUUUGAGAAAAACUGUUAUUUAUACUUGGUCUUAUAACAACAUAAAGGCCCCACAAAUGUGUAACAAAUAUACUGUACCAUAUUGUUUUUACUCUAUACCCUUACCAUGGUCACCUGAAUGUGUCGUAGAGUUGAAGCUACAGAAACAGUUUCACAUAUGGUUUGGCGAGUUCUAUACACAUCUAUGUAAACUCAUAUUGUGAAUCAUGUAAUUAAAAACAGGUCGGUAAAGCCCAUGUUAAACAUUAUGACACUUAAUUUUUUUUUACACAAGAUAAUGUAAACUAAAUGCAGAAAGACAAACUACUGCAUAUUGUUUUGCAUAUUGUUUUGAUAAAAUUGACAAGAAUGUCAUAUUUGUGCUCAAUUUAUAGUUGAAUAUACCGGAUUGUCCAACAAUGAUCAUCUCUAGCCUCCUCACAACAGGAGUCAUGAUUUUGUGGGUAUUUUCUAUGUAUUUACAGUAUACAUGUUUUAUUACAUUAUCAUUCUUGGAACAUAGUUGGUAAGCAAGGGAUAAUAACAUUUACAUGCAAAAAUGUUUAAUGAAUUACAGUAUUGGGUUAUGAGGCCAUAUAGCAUUGCUUGUAUAUGCCAGUUUGGCAGUAUGUGUACUUUUUAGUAACCUGUAUAUGUGAAUGCUGCUGUAAAGAUUACAUGUAAGCCAUGCCGCGUCAAACCAAGCUGGGACAAGGUGUUUUAUUUAGAAAAGCAUAUUGGAAAGAGAUACCGUAAUUCAGAGUAUGCCCGCUCUAUGGAUUAAUUAAUUUGUACUGGUGCUAAAAAGUUCUCAAUGUAUUAAAUAUCUCAUGUUUGCUUUUGUGUUGUGAGAUUUAAAUGGAAAACACUUAAUGUGUGUAUUUAACCUGGCUGUGUAUCCUAUCUAAGUAUUAAAUUAAGAAAAUAUUAAGGAAA